AUGGAUACAUGGAGUAGCCAUCCUGCAAUUGCUGAUGAUGAAGAGCCCCGCACUCCCAUCAUUCCUGAAACAAACGCGAUGGAAACAAUGCAAUUCAGAGAUCGUGUAGCUAGUUUCCUCGGUUCACGAACCCCUCUUCGCACCGCAUCUGCCAUUGAGGGUGUCUCACGCCCUGCCAGCGCCCUGAGUGCACGAUCGUCGAUACCUGUUAGUGUAGACGCGUCGAUCUCCGACUUUAAGUCCAUCUAUCCAAGCGAUGUUGCCGAUGUGCUGAUCCGAGACGAGAACGCGUGCAAGCUGUGCGGAGCUGUCGGCACGGAGGAACAGCCGCUCAAAGUAACACGCUUGAUAUGGCAAUCGAAUGAAGGGGACAACGCAUCAGCGACUCGUUCGCUCACUGUGAAAAUAGAUCGAAACGACCAGUCCAAUCUUGUAACUUUGUGCCUACCCCAUGCUCAGUUGUACACAGAGCGGAAAUGGAGGUUUUGUCCCAUCCAAAAGGAUCUUGACGUCAUGAUUGUGUCCGACCAAGAAGACAGGCACGUUUGUGAAAGUGCAUUAGCCAAUGGCCAGCCAUUCCCACCCAGGAUCCAUUCCAGCUUAACCGACUAUUUUGAAGUCUUCCUCCUCGUGGACGACCCAGCAGUCUACAAGAUGGUAACCAUGCAAGCAUUGACAUCGCCACACCCGGAAUACAAGGUGUUUCGUAUACCUGGAAUCAAUCCCUACAUUGUGCUCGCUUCAUGCCUUGAAGUCGUCUUGGGGACCUAUCGCCCUGUUGAUGACAGGACAUUGGAUUUGGAGAAGAAACUCGUGGCUGUCCGAGAGAGCUUCAACAAGAGAAGCAUCUAUCAGGGAUGA